AUGAUCCUGCAUCAUAUUUUGGUGGCCCAUACAGGCAUUCUGCAUCUUACCUUCAUCUGGACUUUGAGCCUCAGCACAACUUGGAAACAGGGCAAAUGGACUGAGGUACCCUAUGUCCAGGCCUUCAUGGCCCUAAAUCAGGAUCCUGAUCUAAGGGCCUCUUGCAAAAUGUGUCUAACCACCAACCAGCCGCCCAGGAGGCGGGAGCCCGAGGAGCUGGGCGCCUCCGAGGUGCUGCUGCAGCCCGGGCGCCUGGAGCUGGGCGACGUGGAGGAGGACCAGGUGGUGGCCGUGUUCGUGGUCACCUUCGAUCCCCGCUCGGGGAACAUGGUGGAAUGGUGCCUACCUCAAGAUAUUGACCUUGAAGGUGUUGAGUUCAAGUCUAUGGCCAGUGGGUCCCAUAAAAUUCAGUCUGACUUCAUCUAUUUCCGAAAGGGGCCCUUCUUCGGCCUGGCCUGCUUCGCCAACAUGCCCGUGGAGAGUGAGCUGGAGCGUGGCGCCCGAAUGAAGUCUGUGGGCAUCCUGUCUCCGUCCUACACCCUGCUUUACCGGUACAUGCACUUCCUGGAGAACCAGGUUCGACACCAGCUGGAGACACCGGGACAUUACUCCCAUCUGGCUGCAUUCUACGAGGACAAGAAAGGGGUGCUCCAUGCCGGUCUGGGGAGAGGCAGCAGCCUGCCCCCCGUCUACUGGCUGCCUUCCAUCCACCGAUACAUGUAUCCCGAGAUGAAGAUCACACACCCAGCUGGCUGCAUGUCUCAGUUUAUCAAGUUCUUUGGAGAACAGAUCAUCAUCCUUUGGAAAUUUGCCUUACUUCGAAAGCGCAUUUUGAUAUUUUCUCCCCCUCCCGUGGGUGUCGUAUGCUAUAGAGUGUAUUGCUGCUGCUGUCUGGCCAACGUCUCCCUGCCGGGCAUCGGGGGCACCGUUCCUGAGUCCAAGCCCUUCUUCUAUGUGAACGUGGCUGACAUCGAGAGCCUGGAGGUAGAGGUGUCCUAUGUGGCCUGCACCACAGAGAAGAUUUUCGAGGAGAAGCGGGAACUGUAUGAUGUCUAUGUGGAUAACCAGAACGUGAAGACACACCACGACCACCUGCAGCCCCUGCUGAAGAUCAACAGUGCUGACCGUGAGAAGUACCGGCGGCUCAAUGAGCAGAGGCAGAUGCUGCUGUACUCCCAGGAGGUGGAAGAAGAGUACAACCCUUGUGAGGAGGACCUCUUUGUGCUGUUUUUCCUAGAGCAAAACAACCGGAUAUUUCAGACUUUGCUGGAGGUGUCCGCCAGUCAAGAUAAAACCCUGACCGCUGAGCAUGCCCGCGGCAUGGGUCUAGACCCACAAGGGGACCGGAGCUUUCUGAUGGACCUGCUGGAGGCCUACGGCAUCGACGUCAUGUUGGUCAUCGACAACCCCUGUUGCCCAUAGGAAGAGUGGGCCAAGGCUGGUGAGCCUCUCUCGCGUGGGGAUCUCACGCCGGGCCCCAGAAGACCUCAUUUUUUUAUUAAGUUGACGCACAGGACUGUGGUUUCUACUUUCCAACAAAUGUGAUUUUUGCAGUCUCCUUUCUUCCCCUCCUCCCUAGUGGUAAGACGAGACCACCUUGGUUUUAUGUCCUGCUUUCGUACGAUGUGGGAAUCUACCACUUUCUCCCAGAACUGCUGCCUGAUUUGGUGAUCAGAGCAGAUUCUCUCAUCUCCUUGUUGAGUGACUUGAGGGGCUGUGGUGAAGGCCAUCUGUCACUAGGAGCGGGCCGAGCUCUGCAAACACUGGGGCAGAUUCCUCAGAGAGUACCUUGAGGUACUCGAGAAUGAGAGAGCUGUCCCGGAUGGCCAUGGAUGUGCAUCUCCUGGAGAUGGAAGUUAGCUAGACCUCAUGACCCUUCAAGGUUCUUCUCCGUUCCGGGAGUUCAGGGUUGGGAUCAAAUCCCUCUUCCUGUUCACUAGGGCAAACCUGCAUCUUCUCUGUUCAUGUGGGUAGAGACCUCAGAGAGGAACAAAAGGAUGUUUCUGUCGCUAAGGAUGAGCUUCUCUGAGGACAGAAUGACAGGAAGAGGUUUCUUACCAGCCAGCUGGAAAUUCAAGUUGUAGAAUGAAGCCUGGAAACUUCCCUCAGAGUAAAUUAGUGGUGGCCCCUCCAUGUGAUACUCCCUUCUUUCCCCGAGUCCCUCUCCUCUAGGGAUGGCCCCGGAGCGCGCAAGCAAACUCAUUUUACAGUGUAGUUUCCUUGAAGGGCUAACUAUCCUCUUGGAGUAAUUUUGGUAUUUUUAAAGAGUAAUGUUUGUUGCUACCAAAGGCAGAGCAGUUGGGGUUCAAACAGGAGAGAGAAGAUGUUUCUCCAUCUGAGAGUUCUCUGGACACAUCACUAGCAGAGCCUCUGGAUCAAAACCGAGACUGACUGGAUUCCGUAGUCAAGCAAGGAUCUGAGCUGGUUACUCCGAGUCCAGAGCAAGACUGUGUACCAGCUUGGAGCCCUCACCGGUUUCUCUUUCGCAGAGAUGACAUUCCUUGAGCUAAGUAGUUGGGGCCAGAUACUAACAUGUGUGUCAAGAGAGUGAAUUUGACAGUGCCUUCACCGGGGGAAGUGGUUGGAACCCCUGGGUGUCCGUGGUGAGUUCACCUGCAUUCCCCUGACAUGUUUUGGUCUGAAAUGACUCCUGUCGGUCCCUGCCUCUUCUCUUCGGCCGGGCCAUUCCAGGGACACCAACUUGGAUGAGACAGGAGUAGUUUGAAGCCAGCUCUCGUGAGUAGAUUUGAGGUCUUUUUGGCCAUAGUUUAGGAUUUGGACUUGGGCUCCUGGGUUGUUGGUGACAGUUUCUUCCCUUUGGACCUUCUGCCUGGCUGUGUCUUUGGCCUAGCCAUCCACGGAUCCACGUCUGUGACCGGGUUCCAGCCGGGCUAAUACAGCAGAGAAAUAACCUUCGAAUGGAUGGAUCACACGUUUGAUCUCAAGACUAGCUUUUUAGGGCUCAUUGCUUUAUUCAGAAAUAUUUUCACUGUAGCUCCUUGAUACGGGAUUCAAGACUAAAGAAAUUCACAUGGACAGAUGCAAAUACAUCCUGGUUAAUCAAAGUAGCAUCUUUGAUGUAAAUAUGUAAGUUUGGGCAUUGAAAUGUAAAGUGUACAACUAAUACUUUCCUCCUCCAUGUGGGUUUAGCCAUCAUUUCAGUCAGAUGUAUUUUUACAAAAGAAGUUUCACCACCUCUUUCCUUGAAGAGCAGCCUUCUCUUGUCUCUGGGGAAGGAGCAGCCUUUCUGGCCUGGGUCAAGUAAUGGUGACUUUCCGUGGUGUCUGAAGGCUCAAGGUUUUCGAAGUUGGGGGGGUGGGGUGUGUCUCAAGCAGGGGUAGGGGUGACAGGAAAGGUCGGAUUCUCUCGGUGGACGUAGGCCCCCUUCCUCAGGACCCGAGGGGUCUGUUGGAAGAUGACUGUCUUUAAGCACUUCUGCGCGCAGACACUUGUGUUUCUGUGGAAUUGUAACUCCAGGUCACAAGUACUCGUGUAAAGGUCAUAAGGUGAAAAUGAGGUUCCGGUAUUUUCCUUUGAAUGGUGGGUAGGGCUCCGGGCUCCUUGCAGCUCCGCACUCUUCCAGGUGGCUGUAUGGCCUCUCCGUGCGGUCCCCUCACACUCGUGCAGGGGGCAGGGGGAUGGGCGCCGGGGGGAGUGUACAAGCGAGCCUGGGCUCAGCUGACCCCAGAACAGAACUUCUCCCCCACCCACCCCGUAUCGCUUUUAAGAGAGAACCCAAGGACUCUGUCCUUCCCUUGCAGCUUCCCUCUGGGCCAGAAGUCCGGCGCCACUCCCCCUGGCCGGCUGAGCAGCAUGCCCGUUGGCUCUGUACUCCCCGUGGUCACUGUUCACCGUCCCCCGAGCGUCUCUUGCCUCGAUUGUGAUACGGAGCCUCUUGCUUCUGAGGUCACCUUUUGAAGACUUGCUCUGUACCCGACUCUGCUCCCAUCCCCCUGCCCUCCCCCGUGUGUCUGGUUAGCAGCCCACUCAGCAUCAUCUGCUGCCCCUCCGCUAAAAGGGGCACGGGGGUGUGGGGUACCUGGCAGGACUCCCCGAGGUGACAGCAGAAGCGAGAAGCUGCACGGACCUGCUUUUCUGCCAUUGUUGAACGAUUUCCUUAAAAGCCUUCUGCUUUUGUUCAGAAGACAUGAUGGCAGCCUUCUUUCCUGCCUCAUAGGUCCGUAAGCUCUGGAGAGGCAGGGAUUCUUACCACGGACUCCUGAAGCAGGGCUGGAAGCCGAGGGUGGAGGAGCUUGACCGAUGAUCGCCUUCUGCCCCCUCGACUGUUGAACCUCAUCCCCCGCCCCCGCCCCCACCCCAGCUGGCUUGGUCCUCCCGAGACCUUGAAGCCUGAUCUCAUGCCAUGCUGUGAGCCAUGAGCUCACCUGGAAACACUGCUGACCCGAGACAUCUGGGCUGCUGUCGUUUCUGAAUUGAGUCUGACAAAAGCCAGGUGGCAAGGUGCCUUAUGGGGCCAGGAAUCCAGGCUUAGGGUUUAUUGGUGUCCAGCAAAAUGUGACAGAGGCCUAUUAAAGUGGGGUUUGUUUUUUUUUUCCAAUUCUGCAGGCUUGGCAGAUGGUAAUAUUCAGCCUUGGAGAAAAUGUCCAGUUGUGCUCUGGCGUAGGAUUCUCUCUCCAGAAGGAGUCAGAAACGGUAGGAUUUAUCUCCUACGAGAACCAGAAGUGUGGGCCGGACGAUGGUUUAGCAUUAACGAUGGCUUUCAUCAGGCACGAAGCUCUCCUCGGGCCUGGUGUAGAUCUGUCCACGGUGCCACCUGGGGCCUCGUCCGGUCCUCAGUCAGGACAGCCAUGCACGAGAAGGCACCUGCCCCCCCAACGACUGCCACCCAGCAUGGCGGCUCUUCUUCCGUUUGGCCAGGGAACGGGUGCUGAAUUCAUUGAUCAUGAUAGAAGUCAUUGAGCCCAGAAUCUGCAUCUAGAACUUACCUUGUGUUGUUCCCCGUGAACAUCAGGAUGGGAAUUUUCAGGGUAGCGCAGACCAUUCUAAAUACCACCUGUGCCGACUCAUUUGUCAGCAUAACUACCUGGUAUUUUCGCCAGAAGAUAAAGGUAAAGAUGAAUCAUAGCUGAGUCGCUGUUUUUCAUUCCGGUGGCUAUGACGAUGAACUUGCUAUUUGUCUUGAUACGCUGAAAGCCUUUCCAACACAAUAAAAAGAUGAGAUUAUUCACCUUGAAGCUGAGGCCUGCAGGGAGCCUUCAGUAAAGGGCAGUCGUGAAUUAAACUUCGGCGGGGCAGCAGCCCUCUGGAUAGAGGCAGGGACCUCAGGGACCUUUUGUUUUCCUUUUUUUCUGAAACUGUAUAGCCCAGGGAAUGGAUUGAGACGCUUUCUCCAAGUCCCUGGACAGAUCAGACUUGCAGAGGUAAGGGGGCAGGAGGGUGCUGAAUAAAUCAUAAGGCGAUGGUCAGCUUGACCGUGAACUUUGUUUCGUUAGCCUAUCAGUUCUGAAACAGGCAAGAAAGUCAACAUGGGGACCAACGUGUCAUGCAGGGGCUUUCACCUCCCUGUCCGGUUCCUCGCUAGCAGGCUCGGAAUCUGUGAGGUCCAGCCCAAGGAUCUUUCCAGCGCACCUCUCAGCAAGGCUCCUAGAGCCGGAUGCUGCCCUCCGCUGGCCCGACCUGUCCCUUCUCAUUUCAGGGAAACCCGUUUCUGAUUCAGGUAGGGGAAGAGCAGGAGUCGAGGGCUCCUCUUACUCCUGAGUCGUGGAUUUUUGGUAUUCCAUUCUAAGACUCAUAUACCUCUGUUCCCAGGAGCUGCUAGAGCACCGAGUGUUGGGAGAAAGGCUGUGAAUUAAGUUAAUAUUUUUCUUAUAAGAAAUGGGAGUCUAUUUUUCUAUCGAUAUUACUGUGUGAUGAAUGGAGUGUGCAGAUGUUGAAAGGGAAGGAGAUUUCAAAACUAUAAGCCUCGAAAUGCGGAAGUUUUGUCAUUUGGAAGCAACUGAGACCCCAUAAAAGUUUUACUACUUGUUUGUGAGCGUGAAUAAGGAGACGGUGCUGUGAAGUAUUAACCACACUCUCUAGGAGAUGAAUGUGAUGGUCCUGGGGAGGAUGACGCAGUCCCUGACCUUAAGGAAAAUUCUUUUACAAAGCAUGUAAACGUGAUAAUGCUGACUAGUGAGCCUCUUACUGGAGCGGUGUGGUUUUAUAACCUGGCACUUUAAUUCUUUUCUGGAGCCGGAAUACAGGGGCAGUUGGAUGAAACUGCACAUUUAGAAAGGAAGUAAGAAUUUUCUAGUGCUUAUAAAUGAUGAUGGGGAAAUAAAGCCCUUUAGAGUUAUCCUAGAAGCUCAGCAUAACAUGGGCUAUUAGCGGUAACAUAACCUAAAUUCAGAAAAUUUAUUUACUUACCACGGUAGAAGGAUAGGUGUGAAUUACUUACGUUGGUUGUAGAAUUCAGGUUUAGACUAACGAUACAUUUACUCUGCUUUUUUGAGGACAGGUGGGGAACACGGGUAGGUUAGGGCCUUAGAAAUUAGCCAGGGAUGAUCCACAAAGUGAAAAAUCCACACAGUGGUCACUGAGUUAGCUGGUUGCAAACAUAUUUCAUUGAUGUUGGAGUGAAAACUUCCUUAGGCCAAAUCAAGCGAAGAUAAAAGGAGACAAAAAUUUUGAAGGUGGCAUCAGGAAUAGUUUAUAUAGGGUGCCCACAAAGACCAUCAUUAGGAAGGGUAUAGAUUCUGUGCUCCUGAACAGACUAGGGGUGUAGAGGAAAGCAAAAUUAACCCCCUAUUUACCCAAGCUUGUUGGCUAAAUUUUUUGUUACAGGUCCCGGACAUAAACCUUUUCUGAAAAAGGAAGAGUUGUAGCCUUGGAAAAUGGUUUUUCUAUUUUUUUCCCCCGUUAGGAUCAGCAUAGCCUCCCUUUCGCCUUAAGUGUCAACCCCCUAUUUUGAUUAAUACCCCAGCAUCAGAGUUAGAGCAAUAAGAGACACUGAAUCUAUUUUUGUUUAAAUUCUUUACCUCAGAGUAUGAAAUCAGUAAGACAGUUGAUGAUUUUACCCUGAAUACUGGUGCAGAGAGGUAUGUUGUUCUGUUUCGAAUGGUAAGAAUUUUAAUGGCCUAAAGAAAGCUGGGGUUAAUCCUGAAGCUAGGAGUAAAUGUUUACCUGAUUUUGAUCUGUGGUACCAGGAACAUCCAUGUAUAUCCUGUCUGUCUAUCUCUGAGCCAAGUUGUGGGCAGAGAGGUUGCUAGAACUGUAUUUCCAGAAUAUGGUUUUUACAAUUAAAAUUCACAUUUUAACACGA